AUGGAUGAGGAAUACGACGUAAUUGUGCUGGGAACAGGACUUACAGAAUGUAUUUUGAGCGGUUUGCUCAGUAUUGAUGGGAAGAAAGUCUUGCACAUUGAUAGAAAUGACUACUAUGGAGCAGAUUCGGCUAGUUUGAAUUUAACUCAGCUGUAUGGAAUGUUUCGACAAGGUGAAGAACGCCCAGAAAACCUUGGUCGUGAUCGAGAUUGGUGUGUAGAUUUAGUCCCCAAAUUUCUGAUGGCCAAUGGAGAUUUGACCAAUAUUUUGGUUUAUACCGACGUUACUCGCUAUAUCGAGUUUAAGCAAAUUUCUGGUAGUUAUGUAUACCGAGAUGGGAGAAUCGCAAAAGUACCAGGGAAUGAGAUGGAAGCUUUGAAGAGCCCUCUGAUGAGUUUAUUUGAGAAGCGCCGAGCUAAAAAGUUUUUGGAGUGGGUUAGCAACUACCGCGAAGAGGAUCCCAGCACGCAGAAAGACAUCAAUUUGGAUCGCGAUUCCAUGGAGACAGUAUACAAAAAGUUUGGUCUUCAAUCGGGUACACAAGAUUUCAUUGGACAUGCCAUGGCGCUUUAUUUGGACGAGUCGUACAUUAAGAAGCCUGCCCGUGAGACGCGAGACCGUAUCUUGUUGUAUGCCUCUUCGAUGGCCAAAUUUGGCAAAUCCCCUUAUAUUUAUCCCAUGUAUGGUCUUGGAGAGCUUCCUCAAGGAUUUGCUCGUUUGAGUGCGAUUUAUGGCGGGACAUACAUGCUUGGCCAACCAGUGGAUGCAAUAGAGUAUGAUGGAAAUGGCGUUGCCGUUGGAGUUCGUAGUGGAGAACAAGUAGCCAAGGCAAAGCAGGUUGUUGGUGACCCAUCGUAUUUCCGAGAAAAGGUACGCAGCAUUGGCAGAUUGGUCCGUGCCAUUUGUAUUUUAGAUCACCCAAUUCCUAAUACGGACAAUUUGGAUUCCGUGCAAAUUAUAAUUCCCCAAAACCAAGUCAAGAGAAAGCAUGAUAUUUACAUUGCAUGCAUUUCAUCUGUACAUAAUGUAUGCCCUAAAGGAUACUAUUUGGCGAUAAUUUCUACGAUUGUAGAAACCGCCAAUCCUUUAUCUGAAAUUGCACCAGGCUUGAAAUUAUUGGGUCCUGUUGUGGAGUCCUUUUCUCGGGUGCAAGAGUUAUACGAGCCGAUGGAAGAUGGUACAAAGGACCAAUGCUAUAUUACAAAGAGUGUUGAUGCUACAUCGCACUUUGAAACGAUGGCUCGCGAUGUCCGUAAUAUCUAUAAGCGUAUGACAGGCAACGAUUUAGUUUUGAAGAAGAGAGAAUCCGCCGAAAUUUCUUGA